AUGGGACGGGUCUCGGGGCUCGUGCCCUCUCGCUUCCUGACGCUCCUGGCGCAUCUGGUGGUCGUCAUUACCUUAUUCUGGUCCCGGGACAGCAACAUCCAGGCCUGCCUGCCUCUCAAGUUCACCCCCGAGGAGUAUGAGAAGCAGGACAUUCAUCCCUUUUCUCUCUGCAGGCUGGUGGCAGCUCUCUCUGUCACCCUGGGCCUCUUUGCAGUGGAGCUGGCUGGUUUCCUCUCAGGAGUUUCCAUGUUCAACAGCACGCAGAGCCUCAUCUCCAUUGGGGCUCACUGUAGUGCAUCCGUGGCCCUGUCCUUCUUCAUUUUUGAGCGUUGGGAGUGCACCACGUACUGGUACAUUUUUGUCUUCUGCAGCGCCCUCCCAGCUGUCACUGAAAUGGCAUUAUUCGUCUCCGUCUGUGGGCUGAAAAAGAAACCCUUCUGA